GAAUCCAUCUAAGUCCGGAGUCUCCACUUCGUUCACCCCCUCGCUAACCCCUAGUCCGUCCUUUCCUUGUUUCUCCCGACUCUUAAAAAACAAGAGUAGGAAGAGAAAGAUCGAGUUUCAAAAAUCAAGAAAUUGAGCAGCAACAAUGGGGUUAAAGUUUCUGAACAAGAAAGGAUGGCAUACUGGAAGUCUGCGUAACAUUGAGAACGUUUGGAAAGCUGAGCAGAAACAUGAAGCUGAACAAAGAAAGUUAGAGGAGCUUCGCAAACAGAUUCAUGAAGAACGUGAGCGCGAUGAAUUCCGCCUUCUGCAAGAACAAGCUGGAAUCGCACCGAGGCAGGAAAGAUUGGAAUUUUUGUAUGAUUCUGGAUUAGCAGUUGGAAAAACUAGUUCUGAAGGUUUUAAAGCACUUGAAACUUUUCCUACUGCGGAAAAUUCGGCAUCAGCAUCGGCUUCUGUGUUGGCUUCAGCAUCAGCAUCCGCAUCUGAACCCUCAUCAUCGAAGCAAUCCGAUGCCCCUGGAGCUUUAUUUGAAGAUAAACCACAAUCUGCAAACGAUGCUUGGAGGAAGCUUCAUACAGAUCCACUUCUAAUGAUCCGUCAAAGGGAGCAAGAAGCCUUGGCUCGUAUAAAGAACAAUCCUGUAAAGAUGGCUAUGAUUCGUAAAUUAGCAAAAUCAGAGAAGAAUAAGGAUGAAUCUCAUGAUGGGGAGCGUCGAAAGGUAAAAUCUAAAGAUAAAAAGAGAUCUUCCAAACAUUACUCUGACUCAGAAAGUGAUGGCCAUGACAAUAGAAAAAGAAAAAGAAAAGUAAAGCAUAAAAACAGAGAGAGCAAUUCUGAUGAUAGUGAUAGCAGUGAAGAGAGAGAAAGGAAAAGGAAGACAAAGUACAAAAAGAAGGAACAUCUAGAUUCUGUCGAGGAUUCCAAAGACAGAACUAGACAUCACAGACAUCCUCACAGGGAGUUUGAUUGUGAGAAGCAGCAGCACGAUGGCUCCGUAAGACAAAAAUCAGACAAAAACGAUGUUGAGCGAACUCAGAGGGGAUAUGAGAAAUCCAAGCACGAGGACUAUGGUAGCCCUGUAAAACAAAACUCAGACAGAAGAAAAGAUGGUGAGCGAUCCCAGAGAAGUUAUGAGAAAUCCAAGCACAAAGAGUACGACAGUCCUGUAAGACAAAAAUCAGAUAGAAGAAUGGAUGAUGAGCAAUGCCAGAGAGGAUAUGAGCAAUCCAAGCGUGAGGAGUAUCAUCGCUCCAACCAUCGUAAUGGAAAAUCUGACAAGGAAAUCGAUAAUGGCAGGUCUCAUCAAUCCAGUGACACAAAGUUUAGUGCUCUGCCGCCUAGGAGUGAUUUGCACAAGCAUCGAGGUAGGGCUCCUCAACUUUCUGAAGAAGAAAGGGCUGCUAGAUUGAGAGAGAUGCUAAUGGAUGCUGAGGUACAUGAAGAGCAACGAUGGAAACGGUUGAAGAAAGCUGAUGAGGAUGAUGCACGAGAAGCUAGCCAAGCAGGUAAUUCUCGGGGCAAGUCAUUUCUGUAUUCUGUGCAGAAGAGUGUGUAUGGUACCGAGAAAGGAGGAAGCUCAACAAUCGAGGAAAGCGUUCGUCGCCGUACCCAUUUUCUUCAGGGAAGGACAGCUGACGACGGCAAUGCUUUCCGGAGGUGAAGGACAUUGUAACCACCGGAGUACCGGUUUUCUUCACUGAGGCCAACUCCAUCCAAUUACAGAAGCCAGUCCUUCAACUUAGAAGUUUUAAUUGACGGCUUGACAGAGAUGGUCGGCUGUUGUAUUUGGCGACUGUGACAAGUUCGUUUCCGUUCAGCUAUCUGUUCAAUAUAAUUCUCUUAUCAUGGUAUUUGUUUAUCUAUUUAUGUUGUCUUUUUAAAGCAUAUUGAUAACAGGGAUGGUACUUCUAAUGACCUUUUGUUUUACAAGAUAUGAAUGCUUAUUUUCCCACCUGGUAUAAACUUUUAUGAAGGUGAAAUGACAGAUUAUAGUACUCCAAUUACAAUGUAAAAUUAACAUCUAGUUUCUACACUCUUGUAAUAGUUGAUUAUUUGGCUGCUCUUUAAGCUUGAAUACU